UACAAUGCCGGUUGCUAAAUCAUUAACUUCAUACUCUCUUUGUACUCUUAACGAGACUCUUUUCUAGUCAACAGUUUUGUCCGUUACUUUGUUUUUUUAUAAUUUUUAAUUAGGUGUUUUCAAGAAAUAUUUUAAUAUUUAUACUGCAAAAAUAUUUUAUACGAUUUUUUUUAAGUCAUUAACUUUUUGCGCGGCUAAUGUGAGCUUAAAUAUCUGUUCGAAAGUGAAAAGAGGAUGUCCUCUGAAAGAUUUCAUAAAGCAGCUCGUGAUGGAGCACUUGAGAUCCUUAAAGAAGCAACACGAAAGGAUUGCAAUACGCGAGAUGACGGAGGAAUGACCCCAACGCUGUGGUCAGCUUUUGAAGGUCACGUGGAUGCAUUGAGACUGCUUGUCGCCAGGGGAGGCGAUCCAGAUAAAACAGAUCAUUUUGGUAACACAGCGCUUCAUUUGGCAGCGGCCCGUGGUCACGAAUUCUGUGUGAAAUUUCUCGUUAAAUUCGGUUGUAACAUUUGGUCUCUGGACAUUGAUCGACAUUCAGCACGUGAAUUGGCAGCUAUAAAUGGCCGUGAAAAUAUUCUACAAUUUCUCGACCUCGCUCAAGCGGAACAAGAAGCUAUUAAUCGUAAAAAAAGUAAACUGUUACGAGAAAAAGCGGAAAAGGAUGCGGAAAAAAGGCUUAAAGAAUACGUGAAGCGCCAAAAAAUAGCAGAUAUAAAAGCGGAAAAAGAACAAAAAAAAUUGUUAAAAGAUCGCGCUAAAAUGGAUAUUAUUGAUACAAUUAAUCACGAAAGUGUAUUACCUCAUAGGCCUAGUAUAUUAACGUUUAAAGGACGUAUGAAACCUUCGCAAACGUUUAGUGACAUUGUUGGUACAUUGUCAACAGCAUCUAACACGACUCGUAGACGUGGUAACAGUGCCGUUUGUCGUAAAGCUUUGGCAAAAAAAGCUGUCACUGAUGACUUUAAAGUAGUUGAGAUUGAAGGUGAUGGUAAAAGAUCUGUAAGAAGCCUGACAGGACUAAGAAGGGAUUCAGAAGUGAUGUAUGUGGGUACUUAUGAGACUCAAGCACAACAGCAGAUAGGCAAGAGAGGAAAAAUUUCUGAUGUUUGGGGUACUCUUAGUAAAGCUCAGAGUACGCCAGAUUUAUUAGGAGAUCGUGACUAUGAUGACGAUGAUAUCCACGAUGUCAAUGGAUUUGGAAAAAAUAAUCUUGUUGAAGAAGCUGUACUUUUUCAAGAACCUGCUAGUAUUUUCAAUAGACCAGGAUUUGGUUCUGUUGCUUUUAGACGAUCGAUAACGGCAACACUAGAGAAUUUACCAGUAAGACAAAUUGAUGAUGAACAUAAGUAUAAUACUGAUUCAUUGGAGAAUGCGAUGAUUAACCGUAAAAAUAAUAAUAACAAUAACAAUAAUAAUAAUAAUAACAAUAAUAAUAAUAAUAGCAAUAAUAAUAUUAAUGGACGCAAUAAUGAAGAAAUAAGCAUUGGUAGUGCUGGAAGUCUCGCUAGACGGCAAAACAUGUGGGAUGAUGAUCGAUUAUCUGGUGAAGAUGAUACAGAUGAAACAGACGAAGAAUGGAGUCCGCUUCAACGAUUUUUAGUAGCCAAUAAUCUAACAUCGAUACAGCCAACACUCGAAGCUGAACAGAUAGAUCUAGAGGCAUUAAUGCUAUUAACCGAUAAUGAUAUUGCUGCGUUAAAACUUCCUCUUGGUCCACGAAGAAAGCUCACAAAUGCAAUCGCCACCAGAAAAGCGGCUUUCGUAACAUCUCAACGUAUUAUUAAAGACAGUAAAUUAUAAUUUAUAAUGUAAUAGAUAUUAAUUAUCAUACAAUAAUUAUUUAAGCUCAAACAAUUAUUGUGUACAAUGUAAAA